UACAUUGUCGAACAAAACACUAUUUACGAAAUUAAUUAAACACAAAUAAUCUUAGUUUUAAUCCGGCUUACUAUUGAUAGUGUAUCUGACUUAUUUGGUGACGAUAAAAUGGUAGGAGAUUGUUACGUGCGUGAAAAAAAUAUUUAGAUGCUUGGAAACCACAAGAGCAGAUCGAUUUUCCUUUGAAGGAUGGUGCGUUAGUAUAAUAUCCUUUGAUUACACCCAAGAUCUCAGCAAAUCAUCACAGCGCCCGCAUGAUAUACACUUUCAAGGAAUUCGCAUGCCGCGCGUGGUACAUCCAUUUAUAAAAGCCUGUGUUAACAUUAUCGGUCAUUGGGGCACGUGUGAGCAGCCAAGAUGAAGGUGUUGGUGUAUUUAUUUAUUUUGUGUAGUUUUAGUGCAGCGAACUUGAUUCUAACUCCGAAAGACAUUGAAGAGCUUUUUACGAAGUAUGUACUAAAGGAAUUGACGGAAGACGAAAAACAUGUCUUGAAACAAACGCUAGAUAUCGCACGGUUGCCGGAACCCAGGUCGGCAGAAUCGUCGGUUUUUGGUAGAGCAAGUGCUGCAAGAAUGAGUCUUGACUGUGUAAUAUGCCGAAGUGCGUUUAGCGCUCUCUUCACCGGUAUACAGCGAGGACAGACAGACGAGGAAGCGGCAGAAUACAUGACUGCAGUGUGUAUCAAUCUUGGCAUCGAGAGUGCCAAUGUUUGCAGUGGAGCUGUCGCGCUGAACAUUCCCAUUAUAGCUCACAUCAUUAGAACCGUACCAGCAGCUACACCGAACGCUUUUUGCGGGCUAGUUCUUCAAAGAGUUUCGGACCCAAAUUUUUGUCCGAUCAACGAUUCAAGGUUCGAAUGGCAAGUUGAUUUACCAGAAAAAAGCAGCUCAUUACCUGCACCGGUAUAUGACGAGAAACCACUCAAAGUGGCACUUAUAACAGACGUUCACAUCGACCCUCUGUACAAAGCGUUCGGAGUAGCAGAUUGUGACGAGCCUACCUGUUGUAGAGUAGGACAGAGGCCUAGAAGCAGCUUCUCUUACGUAUACAACGAUGAGGGGUCCCUCCUCGAGAGAAGCCUAAUACAAGACCAUGGGGAGAUAAAAUUGAAUCUGAGUGCCUCGGAUAGCAAAGGAGAACAGUCAGCUCGGAUCAGGUACCAGACUAGCAGUCGUCAGUCGCCGCCUGCUGGUUACUGGGGAGACUACAGAAACUGUGACACACCUCUUUGGGCAUACGAUGACGCGAUUGAAAAUAUUCACGAAAACCAUAAGGACAUUGACUUGAUCUAUUACGUGGGAGAUACCAUCGAUCACGGAAUUUGGGAGACGUCGUACGAACUGAUAAAUGAUAUGAAUCUAUACCUUGUUAAGAAAAUAAAAUCAAUUUUUGGAGAAGACGUUUUAGUGGUGCCAGCCAUUGGAAAUCACGAAUCUCAGCCAACAAACCAAUUUGCGCCAGCCACAGUUGUUGGACCAAAAUUGAACACGACUUGGUUGUACAAAUCUUUAGCUGAUAAAUGGGGACAUUAUUUAUCAGACGAGGCAGUAGAUACUCUACUCCAAAGUGGAGGCUUUUCAAUACUGGCCAGACCUGGUUUGAGGGUCAUAUCACUGAAUAACAAUGUUGCCUACAGAAAUAAUUGGUGGCUAGUUUAUGAUCCUCUAGACUCGAAAAAGCAUUUGGACUGGCUUAUCGACGAACUAUAUAAAGCUGAAUUAGCUGGUGAGAAAGUGCAUAUUCUAGCCCACAUUCCGCCUGGAGUGCAUGAUUUGACGCACACGUGGACUAGAGAGUACUACAGAAUUGUUAACAGAUUCUCAGACACCAUCGCCGCUGAAUUCAAUGGUCACACGCAUUCCGACGAAUUCAAAGUAUUUUAUAGUCCUGACAAUGAACCUAUAAAUGUGGCUUGGGGUGGAGGCAGUGUGACUUCCUACACUUUUUACAAUCUAAAUUAUAAAAUUGUUACAUUCAACCCUCAGAAUUUUACCCCUGACAGAAUUUUGAAUUAUGCCUACAAUCUCACAGAAGCAAAUCUCACGCCCAAUCGUCGGCCGCACUGGUUUUUGCUGUACGACAUGAAGAAUACUUUCGGUCUCCCUGACCUUACGCCUAAAUCAAUGAGCGACCUAGUCUAUUCAAUGGUUACAACCAACCGUCACUUGCUCGACAUUUAUAACGCAUUCUAUUCCAAAAUCAGUGACGUGCGCUGGCCUAACUGUAAUAAUGAUUACUGCAAGUUAGACAAUCUUUGUAAAAUUGUUGUAAAUGUGUUGUGGGAACGACAGAGAUGUGAAGAAUUGAGAAGCAUGUUUUACUCCUAACAGAAAUAAUACAUUAUUAUAAUAAAUAACCAUAAUUAAUUUCAUUUCAUAUUUACACAACAAUCAACAGUAUAU